CUGCUUGUUGCUAUUGAUUUUGGUAAGCUCCGGCUCCUAUUUGAAUGAGGGGAUGGCUGCUUGAGGCAAGGCAAUUUGUAUUAAUAACCCUUUGUUUCGCACCUGUUCAAAUCCAGGAACCACCUUCUCCGGAGUCGCGUAUGCCUUCAAAUCGAACGGAGAUGUCAUCGAGAUGACCACUUGGUAAGCGUCUCGUCUUUGUUUACAGAGGCGGUGUUGUUUGGUGUACUCGGCCUUCUGAUUGGGCUAUGUGCAUUCGUGAGAUCAUUAUAGACAUUUAUUUCUUUCCACCAUCUUCGCUCUCUAGGCCGCAGCAGGCAAACUUGUACGGAAAAGUGCCUACAAUCAGCGCUUACAGCAGGGAGAAUGACAAGAUGCACUCAUGGGGAUACGCGGCCAAGGCUGCGAUGUUAACACCCGCCGGUCGCAACUUGGAGCUUUUGCAAAAGUUCAAGUUGUUCCUCGACAACGACCUCGCUCCGUACUUGCCUCCUCUGCCCAGGAACAUCAACCCUCAGAAUGCCAUCAGUGACUAUCUGCGAGCAAUUCAUACUUACGCCAUCGGUGAGAUCUUCAAGAACACUGCAGGAGGCAUGGUUUUUGACCAAUCGCACAUCCAGUACUGUCUGACGGUCCCUGCCAUGUGGACUGAUGCCGCAAAGGGAGUCAUGCGUCAGACCGCGAUCAACGCGGGUCUGAUCCAGCCUAAUGACCCACCCCAUCGUCUGCUUUUGAUCUCUGAGCCCGAAGCAGCUGCCAUGUAUUGCGAGAGAAAGUGCGAACAGUUCAAUCUGCAUCACGGAGAUCGAUUCAUGAUUUGCGAUGCUGGAGGUGGAACGGUUGAUUUGAUUGUCUUUCAAGUCGAUUACAGCUCUGGAACGCGCACCUUGAUUGAAGUUACGCGUGGAUCAGGCGCCAGCUGCGGAUCAGGAUUCUUGGAUGAGAACUUUUCAUUGCUUGUUCGUCAAAAGCUCCAGCGAUAUGAUCUUCAGCCCAAGGCAUGGGCACAAAUCAUGGAAGAAUUCGUGUUCAUGCACAAGCCUCAGUUUGAUGGCGAUGACGACUCUUUCAUCUCGAUGCCCUCCUCCGUCGCCAACUUGGUCGAUCUGGACAUGAGACUGGAGGAUGGACUCUUGGCGAUUCCAGCUCAGGAGAUGCGAGAACUUGUUUUUGACCCCGUUGUGAACCAGGUUCUGGGCUUGAUUGACGGACAGUUGAACCAGGCGCAGCAGUGCUCGGCCAUUUUCUUGGUCGGUGGAUUUGGUUCGUCGCCCUACCUGCACAAGCGCGUCCAGCAAGAAUUCGAGAACCGCGUGCCACUUAUUCGCUACCCUCCUCGUCCAGACCUGGCAGUUGUCCGUGGUGCUGUCUAUCACGGAUUGACCCACCAGCCUAUUCAAGCCCGUGUCGCCCGCCGUUGGUACGGUGUUGACACCACGCGUCCUUACAAGGCUGGCGAUCCUGUUGAGAAGAAGUAUAUGCAGGAUGGCAAGUACCGCGUCCGCGAUGGUUUUUCAGUCUUUGUCCGCCCUGGUCAGUCGAUUGGUGUGGACGAGUGCAUCAGCAAAAAAUACAUUACGCACAAGUACCCGGAACCUCUUUCAUCGCCACUUUAUGUAUACACCGGAGAGGACCAGCCCGAGUUUGUUGACUCACCUGGUGUCCAGAAGCUGUGCGACUUCACGAUUCCAUUGCCUCAUAUGCCUGGUGCUGCUCCAGGAACGCCUGUGAUUUUUACUUUGAGGAUGUAUUUUGGACUGACGGAAUUGAGGGCCGAGGCAGAGUUUCAAUCAGGAGAAGUCAUUUCGACGCUCUGUCAGUUCUAAGAUAGGCGCAUUAGGCGCCUUCUCCCUCUUCUCCCUAUCUUUCUCAGCAUAUGAAUGUAACAACAGCCGUAAUACAAGUAAAGUAAAAGUUUUUUGAUUAUCCA